GUUCAUUUAUAUAAUUAAUUUGAACGCCUUCUCAUCGCCUUAGGGUAGUCCGCCAAGCCAACAGUGCCACUCAAUGAGCAGCUGUUGCCAGCAGUGCGCAUGCCCAACACAUGACGGUGUAGCGUACCAGCUGGUCGAUAUGCGCGCAGCAAGGUCGCCCCUGCUCACCAUCACCAUCACCAUCACCAACGUCAUCGUCAACGCCAUUGCCAUCGUUUGCCAACUCGUUGGCUGCUUUAACGCGCUCACUGCGCGAAGCAUUGCAACAGUAGAGAUUUGCUCAUCGACGUGUACGGUAUACUCGGGAAUCGUGCAGAAAGGCCGUGCGAAUGCAAUACUACGGUACGCGUAGCGGCGUUGUUCGGACGCGUAUUGCUUUGUGCUAAUUAACAUUUUUGUUUAUAAACAAAUACAAAAAACAAAAACAGUCGCCGGGACGCCAAAAAUAAGUCGAAACACACGCGUUUCGCAUGCAGGUGAACGGUGAAAAAUAGUGAUUUGGAUUGCAAAAUCGACGACGAAAAAAUGCAAAUGCAAUAAUGGGCGGCAGCAGGAGUUACAGUGUGAGCAGCACGAGCAGCGUCGCCAGCAGCAGUAGCAGCAGCAGCAGCGGAAAUUACAGUGAAUACAGCGCCGCCGGCAGUGAGGAGCGCCGCUGUAAGGCGACAAAGUUAGUAUACAGCCGUAUUGGCAAUCAGCGUUUAGCGGCCACAGGCGCGGUGGCGGCUGGAGGUGUGAUGGCGCCACAGCCCCAACAACAACAGCCGCCGAAAGUCCAACGGGCGCGGUCACAGCGUAUUAUUUGUCGCUGCUGCUUGUCGGAACAGCAGCCGGCGACACGUCAGUCACUGGGCUCAUGCUCCGAGCAGGAGCUGGACGAUGAGGAGGCGGCACACUUGGAAUUUGUGCCGUUGGACACCUUGGCUAUGGUGGAUUUGAGCGAUGAUAGAUUUGUAGCGGCGUCCACCGCUGGUGAUUCAUGCAAAACAGCGUUGAGCAGGACCUCCCCAGCCAAAGGCAAUAAGGUCAAUAGUAUGUCAGCAACAACAACUACGCUGAACAACAACAACACUGGGAGUAGUAGUGGUAGUAGUAGUACUACGACUACUAGUACUCUACUCGAUUGUUUGAACGCUUGUGCGCAGAUAGGCGCUUCACUGGCGGACAAUGAACUGCCGCAGCACAUCUGUCUUGACUGCUGCCACACGCUGGAGAUGUGCUGUGAGUUCAUACGUUGUGUACGGAAUGCGGACAAAAUUCUGCGACGCCGUUGUGCGUUGCCGGUAAAACGGGUGCGACAACAACAACAGCAACAAUAUUGGCAACAACGGCAAGCGACGUCAAGCAUGCCGGCUGUUUGCAGUGACGUCUAUGGCGAGGAGGGGCCAGCUGCGAAACGUAGGCGCCGUCGCGAAGAGAAAGUGCAGCAAGAACAACAACGUACGAGUGUCGCUCAUGCCGUUGGUGGUGGUGGUGGUGUCAGUGCAAAAAGUCUAAGUCUCGGCAACAACACGCCCAAGUCAAUAUCCUUGCCCAAGUCAGCGACUACAGCGACGCCGUCAGCAGCGUUAACAGUGACGUCAACAGCGAAGUCGUCGUCAGCGGCUGAGAGGGAUGAAUUACUGGACAUUAGCAAAGCAUUGGAUGGCGUGGAGAGCAGUUUUGUGCGCUCAUUUGACAGUGGCAUUGAAAUUGACGAAGACUUGUGCUCCGUCAAGUCGAGCGAUUGCAGCGCCAAUGAGUAUCCGCUACGCUGCCAUCUGGCGAAAUAUGAAGGCUACACAUAUGUGGUCGCCGAAACGCUUUCACAUGAUCUCGAACGUUUUCACAGAGGCGGACACAGGUCGCAGGCGUCUGCCGGAGGCGGUGGUGCCACCGCGCUAGCGACGACUUACAAAUGCGGUUUCUGCAUAUUCGAGUGCAGCGUGCGACAGGAGUUGAACAAACACUUGCAAAUACAUUUGGGCCCGCCACAGCACAGCUGUCGCAAGUGCAAUUUCGUUGGACACUUCAAGUUUCUGCUGGCGCAACAUAUGCGUAAUGUACACCACUGCCCAUUGGAGGGUCAAGAAGUUCACCAAAAACACGCUGAACGUGGUGGCGGCAGCGAUAUCGCGGCACGCAGUUACCAAGCAGUCAGCGCGGCGGCGGAGAGCCCCAAAUAUCAUUGCCAUUUAUGUGCAGAAUGUUUUGUCAAUUAUGACGGCUUGCAACAGCACCGAAAAUCGCACAAAGUUUUCUGCAAAUGCACCAUGUGUACGUUCAAGAGUUCGACGCGUGAAAAUGUUUUGGAGCAUAUGGCCAAAGAGCACAAGGUACUGGUGGAGCGACGCCUGAUUGUAAAAUAUAUACCGUUACAACGAAUUAACGCUCAACAAAUGCAAGAGCUUACGCCCACAAAAAGUGUAAGCGCUACAACAGAAACGAAAUUUAUACCAAAGGAUAAUAAAUAUCGCAAACAUUUGUGCCAAUUUUGUGGCAAAUGCUUCGAUCGCCGCUUUCAUUUGCUCAAGCACGAGUAUGGCGUGCAUCGCAUCGAAAUCGAACAGACGCAGAGUGAUGUCGACGUCGUGAUCCGCACCAAAUUACCCAGCUAUGGCGCAGGUGGCAACUCCACCAAGCACACGAAACUCAAAUAUUUGCGACAACGUAACGCCGUGCAGGCGGCGCGGCAACAACGUUACAUCGAAGAUCUCGCGCUGCUGGACGAUCAGCAGCCAGGACAGGAUAUAAGCAAUAAAUUUCAAUGCGAAAUCUGUAUGGCAGUAUUCAUGUUCAAUUUCGAAUUGAAAUAUCACAUGCGCACACAUAAGACCAGCACACACACACAAACCACGGUGGGUAAGGAGUCGGCUGAUAAGCGCAUUGCAACGCCCACACCAACCUUAUCAACUGCUGCUGCAGCGGCCGCUGUUAUCGUACAACCCGAGGCGAAGCUAUCACAUGUAAAUGCCAAUGGAGGCCCGCAGAUAACGGUGGAAACACAGGAGUCGACUGGUGGUGUAUGUGGUGAGGAAAGUGAUGACGAUGCCGAUGCUGAUGGUGAAGGUGAAGGCGAUGGCGACGCUGAUGAUGUUAAUUUAAAAUUUACGCCUGACAUCUCACAUCAUAUGGACGCCGCGCUGACCGGCUUGUCCGAUGGCGUCGAUCUGGAUUUAAUGGCUUUGGUGGCGCCGCAAACGUCACCGCUGGAUUCGUUGGAUGCUAGUCCGGCCAGCAGCAAUAAUAGUUUCGAUAUCAACUAUGAUGAUCAAUUAUAUUUGAAUGAUUUCGAUUUGGGUCUGUUGGAUUGCAGUGGCGUCUUUGCUGGAUUUUAAAUUGUCGAAAAUUAGUUUUUUUUCAUACUAGUGCAUUUGUUUUUGUUUAAAAUUAUUAUUUCGCUUGUUUUGUACGAGUUGGAACAACAAGCCAGGAAGAUUUUUAACCAAAUAAACAUAACUAUACACACA